GCUAUAAGUUAUUUGAAGAAAAAUUAUGAUAAAAUAAAACGGUAGUAUGGCAGGUGGUGUUUAAAUCCCACAGCAGGGUGAUGGGAAGAACGACAUGUCCAACACUUCCUCCUCACGCCCGACUGCCCCCGUCUACAAAUUCCUCAGAGGGCUGUCUGUUGGUGUAUGCACUGGCAUGUGUGUAUGUUUUUGUGUGUUGUGAAUUAUGCAGUCUUGGUGUCUUAUCUUCUGAGUGUGUGUGUAUGUGUGUCUGUGUCUAUGUGUGUAAACGGGAACCAGGGAGAAUGUGUACAUGUGUGUGUGUUUGGCAGUGAGUCUUUAUCCCAAAUUGCCAGGUGUUGUAUCCAGUCUGAAUCAUGAUGAUGCUUAGAGGGGGACUGGUGCUGUGUCUGCUUCUUUGGAGGCUGGCAAAUGCAGAAAAGCUUCAAAGGCACAUCAGGAGGCAUGGCAAGCAAGCACAGGGCCUGGAUAUGUAUUUCAGCAGAGGAGUUCACCUAAUAGUCAAAGGUGCCAAACCCCUGGCUCCAAAGAUCACCAUGCUGGUUCCCCCAACCGCCUCAUAUGACUCUGGACCCUCCGCCAUCUUGUGUGUGGUGACUGGCCUGUACACCGGCGUCAUAGACAUCACCUGGAGCAUCAACCAUGUGCCGGUCCACAGGAGACACACCGCCGUGCAGGCCGUCCACCUGAAGGACGGGAGCUACACCGUCAACGGCCUCCUCUUCCUGGAGGACAGGAGGGACUGGAGCCCUCAGCACACCUACCGCUGCACCGUCACCCUGGAUGGCAGAGUGUUUCAGGCACAUGCCCGCCCUGAUAGCUGCUGGACUUGAUGUCCUAUGUCUCACUUAUUCUCUUCUCUGUCCUUGCCAUUUUGAGUGGUUUCUCUAACCACUUCUAGUCAAUUCAGUCAAGUCAAGUCAGCUUUUUAUUUUCAGUUUCUUCAAGUGCACAGGUCAUUCAAGGAAAUUGAAAUGACCAGAGUUGUAUGAAGUAAAGGUAGAAGUGCUUCACUAUUUGUAGGAGAUGAUGGCGAUUUUCUCCCCCUUUUGAUAUCCCCACUCUUUCAGCAUGAUUUCAAUCACCGUUUUAUGUAACUAACCACAUUGAUACUGCUUAAAAUCUUCCUGACAGAACAACGCCUCUCCUCCCCAUGUUUAGUUUCCUGCUACACUGCAAAUGUAAACAUAGGGGGUGACAUGGCUUAGUGGGUU